AUGGUGCCUUGUGUGGCCAAGAAUGCUCAGUGGGCCUUGAAGUGGAUCGACGGCGGGGAAUCGUUCGCCGAGAGGUUGAUUGCGUUUGCCUACGUUGAAAGGAUCGUCUUCUCUGGUAGCUUCUGCGAGAUAUUUUUGCUGAAGAAGCGCGUAUUGAAGCCCGGGUUGACGUUCUCCAACGAGCUCAUCUCGCGAGAUGAAGGGAUUCAUUGUGAUUUUGCCUGCUUGCUGUAUUGGUUGAUGAAGGUGAAGCCCAGCGAGGAGCAAGUGAAGGGAAUCGUUAGAGAUGCGGUGGAUAUCAAGAGGGAGUUUGUUUGUGAUACCCUGCCAUGCGCGCUGGUAGGGAUGAAUGGGGCUUUGAUGGGCCAGUAUAUUGCGUUCGUUGGUGAAAGGAAAAACGUUAAGAAAAGAAUCCGCCGCCUCACACCUAUCGUACGCCCAAAGGUCCGGCGAAACCCCUCAAAACUGAACAUGGAAGUCGCCGGCGGGAAUCUCGAUCUCAAGGACAACGCGAAUUCCGCUCUAGUCGAUUCCUUCUACGAGAUCACCUCCUCCACCAGGCAGGAAGCCGCUUUCUUUCUCGAGAGCCAACAAUAG